UAUUUAUUUAACAGUUAUUUUAUCAUUUAAUAAGUGUUAAUCUAAUGUUAAUUUAAACUAUAUUUACAGUUUAUUUAAUCUUUAUUUAGCUGUAGUUUGGUAUUUAAGUACCCUAUUUACACAUUUUAUAGUGUAAUGGCCACUGAAAAUAAAGAGUUAAUCAGAAUGUUUCAUAGGUUAGAUGGAAUUUUUACCUAGAUUUAAUGUGUUUGGAGCUAAUAUUGGUGGAGUUAGGUGGAUUAGGCACUGGGCGAAGAAGAAGAGUAUUAAAAGUACUCACUACUUGAUUGGUGACGGAGAUUCUUCACUUUAUAGACCAGUUGCGCCCGGGAGUAUUUUGGCCAACGGUAGAAGACUUCCGAACAGGAAGACUCGACCAAGAGAAUUUCGUCUUUGUGCUACUUCCUCUGGCAAAUUUGCACUCGUUCAGCCUUACCCGCCAAACGUUAAUCCGACACUUGCUCCAUUUCCGAAAAACGUUUCAGGAAGUGGAAAUGACCCGACCAAGUUAGGGCACUUUAAGUUUGUGCAAAAGUACAAGGGCAUCGAGUACGUCUCUCUCAAGCGAUUGGUGCCUUACCCAAGGGGCAAGUAUGCCUACACAUUUGAUACAGACAGAAUUUCGCCCACACAAAAAUUCAAGUAGCUUUUUGUAAAAUAUUAAUAAAAAUUUUGUAUAAUAUUUAAACGAUGAUACGGUCGACUAUCGCACCGAAAUUGGCCCGGAACCUAAAACUCGUGGGUGAGGUUGACACACUCUCCAAGAUCCACGACAAAACCAAAACCCUAACUCUAUCCAUCUGUAACCAUAGGGAACGUCCUGAGGGACCUGAAUUUCAUCAGAAAAAUCCAUUUAGGGACAGAAAACCUGCACACCUCAAGGAUACGAAUAAGCCUAAGCUCGGAGUACAGUAUCUCUGCAACACAUCACUUGAUGUCAUGUACAAUAAAACUAGUUUUAAUGUUUUACAGUCACAAACCAAUUCUCUUCUUCAGGCUGCUGGUAACUUUAAGAUUGAUGAAUUAUUACUAUUAUUGUGUCCAUAUGCAAUAUACGCUGAUUCUUACAGUCGUUGGUUCAGGGUUAGGCAGUCUGAGUUUAAUGCAGCCUUGGGGGUUUAUAACCGUCAUCUCCUGUCCACAGUUUCUGACAUGUCAAUUGAGCAGGUUUACUUCAUGAUAGUGCUGUUUACUAAGCUAAGUAGGAGAUACGAGCAGUAUGCCUUGACAGAUUUUUCACUUCUUUCAUGCCUUAUUUCAAAGCUUAUAUUCUUUGCAGAGAACGUUCCAAAAACCACUGAAUCCAAGGGCUCUGACGGCAAGUUCAUGAGCCUUGAGAAGAACCGCUUCUCAGCAGAAAUGCGAUCCUUCAACACAACGCUCCAGACAGUCUACAACUGUUACUUUCCCUACUUUAAGAUGAUUUACACCAGCCUAGACCGCAUUAGAACUUAUACGGAGUACCUCACCAAAUCUUCUUUCCACUUGCAACAGCUCAUACACUCGCAUCUGCAACACCAACGCAGUGUAAAUGGUAGAUUGGGCGAGAUUACUAAUUAUUUCAAUGAGUUGGUAAAAUCGCUUCCCAAAUUGGUUGAUCAAAAUCACUUAAAACUGACCACAAUAACAUUCCUGAUUAGGCUUUUGAGUACCUCAGGACUGUGUGACAGUAAACUGGUCAAUAAACUGGCAAUUUCAUUACAUUCAUUAACAGUACAUUUAUACGUCUCAACAGAACCAACUGAUGCACCUGAGAAACAAUCAGACGAAUUAGUUGCGGAUUACUCAGUAUUACAAAAUUUGUUUACUGAAGUUUUGGAUAAUUUAAGCUUGAGCGAUAUAUCAUUGUGUUUGGAAAGUUUGGAGAAAACAGGCCAUGUGAACGAGAGUCUCCUGACUUUAUUUGUCCCCUAUGUAGUAAACGGUCUUAAGAACGCUCCAAUAAAUGAUUUAAUAAAACUUAUGAACCAGCUCACCAAGCUCAACUUUUUCCAUUGGCCGCUCUGGCUUCUAAUGGCCAGAGGCAUUCAUGUGAAGAAAUUGGGUCAAAUUAGGGACCUAAACAUGCUAGCUGAUUUUUAUUCCUCACUCAAAAGUCAGAACACUCACUUUAACGCUGACACCGUUAACCGUGUUAAUGACCUUAAAUUUGUCCACAUCACUGAUUUGGAAAGUGAGAGUAAGGACAGGGAAGUUGGAGUUUCCGAGAUAUUGAACAGGAUGUACGGCCUUGAGGAGAGUGUGGAAUCUCUUUUGAAUUCCUACGUGAAACUAAUGCAGGAUUUGGACCAGUAUUUUAAUGUCGGUACUGUCGGAACUUUGGGUAACAGCCUAACACUCGAAACUCUAACCAAGAAUAAAUUCAAACAAAUAAAUCUAUAAUUUUUAAACAGAUUAAUAUAUUUUAAUACUAUAUUAACCAUGUAUGAUACUAAAAUAAUAAUUAAAUGGGAAUUCUAAAUCAACUCUAAAGAAUAAUAUUGAAAAUAGUAG